UGGAAGAGUAUUAAUUAGCGGCAAAAUUGACAACCACAAGCGUCGAGCCAGCGAUUCCUUGUUGUGCCUGUCAGCACGCCCAUCAGCAGCAACCCGACUGCUGCUGCUGUUGAUGCUGCUUCUGUUUGGAAUGUGCCCAACCGUCGUUCAAAGUGCUGACAAUUUCGAUGCGGUUGGUGAUGCAAUGGCCGACCCCAGUCCCAGUCACAACCAUAAUAGCAAUAGCAACAACUUUGACAUGCAUUAUGACAACUUUAACCAGGUGACAGGUAGCAAUGACACCAGGAUACUGAGACGGGGCAAACGCUACUUGGAGUUUCCCAAGGGCUCGCGUAUGUCGUGGCGUACUAAUGCGAAAAACAACUUGCUCAAAAUCAACACACUUAUCGCCUAUGGUUACGGAUUUCGUGCCAAUUAUCCAUUUCCCGAGCCCAAGGAUCAGCGAAAGGGAAACCGCAUCUUUUUCAAACGCGAUUUGUUUUCAAAACUGGAAAACGCCUUAGAUGGCCAUGGCUUUGAUGGACGUGCCUGUUUAUUGAAAUCUUUCUGUACGGCAAUUUUUGAUGUGGAUAAGCCCCAGCAGAAGAGCGGAAUGUUGUUCAAGCUGCUCAAAUUAAUAUUCAGUCGACCCAAACGCUUUCUGGACAUUAUAGAGACAACUCGUUUGUUUGUAGGUAACAGUUGAGCAGCAACAGCUCCACUUGCCAUUGACCAUAGCUAACUGAUACGUUUUUCACUUGGAAAGUUCCGCGUAAACGUAAAAAACAAUGUGAUACCAAAGCCGACAGUUUGGGCACAUGGUUAUGGGUUUCGUGCCAACACCCCAGUCCUAGUGAAACGUGAAAAUCGCCCCUUCAGAAGGGAUACGUACGAGCUGGUCCAUGAGCUUAUGGACCGUAGUGGCUUCGAUGGUCAGGCCUGUGUCCUGAAGGCAUAUUGCACUGCAAUAUCUGGGGAUCAUAGUCAGGGUUUCUUGCAUAAACUAUUUAAGUAUAUGUUUACCCUGGAUGAACACGAGAAGCAUCACAUGCCCUACCUGCGCGAAGAGAACUGCCAGCAGAUUUUGCACAGCCAUUGCCCGCUUAGCUUUGACAGCAUUUCGCCAUAUACAGAUGAUGUCUAACAAUAAAUAUGUGAUUUAA